AUGAUAUUAACAAGAGCUGCUUUCAAUAGUUCCUACAGGAUCAAUACAGAGCAUAAAUUGCCAUGUGGCCUCCAUGGAAGCUUUUCUGAGAUAUGAUUGGUCCACACUGCCACGUGGUUAGUAAGGCUUUUGCACAUUUGGCCCAGGCAGUGCAGUGUGACCGUUUUAAUCUCUGUUAGAGCACAAUGUUGUUUUAAAGCCAGCUGACCAUAUGCUGUGUCCAAGAGAUCGUGCAAGUUCACCAUAUGCCUCCUGCUCUUUAAACACAUCCACUCCUGCAGCCAUGGAGAUCGCUUGCAUGAACCCCUCGCUCAAAUUUCUGGUGUUGCCAAAAAUCCACUUGGCCACUGGUUCUAAGAGUUUAGCCUGUUUCUGUUGGAGAGAACCUGAUGAGGAAAAGAAAGAAGAGUCUAUGCCCACCGGUGUGGCACAGACCCCCCAGCAGGAGGAAGAAGAGGAGGAUGAAGAUGAGGAGCAGGGAGAGCAGUUUCAGUUUGAUGACAGUGAAGACGAGAACAAUGCUGGUCCAAACCCUGGGGAAAUUAAGGCUUCCUCUGCUGAGACUGGACUUCAGGAAGUUGCUUCAGGUGACAGCACAAACUCUAAUGCACUUUACAGUCAAGCGGUGAAGCGUGUCCCAGUCACUCAUCGUGAGGAAUUAAAUGGAGUGACCUCUGCUGGUCAGGAGGGUCAAACUUUUCCUCAGCAUCCACACAUAACAAGCCCAGAUAUGGUAGUCAGACAGUCUCCUGAUGGACGUUCUGUAUCUAUUGAGCCAAGAGUCACAGAGGAGGCCGAAGGCACGUGGAAGAAAAACACACAUACACAUGAAGGUAUACAUUCAAGACCCGAUUGCUACUACACACCUGUUAUAAAGAAGGUUGCUCGCGUGGUUGCUCAGACAGCUCAAGCACCAGCUCGCUCACAGGAAUGGUUCAGUGUGGUGUCAGAACUCACACUACGACUGCACAAAGGAAAGCUUGCUUCUGAAACUGAGGGAGGCUUACCCUCUUCUUCCUCAGAGGUAUACCCAGAUCCUCCCCCGGACUCGGAAGUGAUUUAUGAUGAUGUCCCGUGUGAGAACAUCCCCUCUCCUGAUGCAGGUGACGAUAUGAUCUACGAGGAUGUGCAGAGGCCUGAUGAAUUGGCAGAGGGGAUGGAUAAUGGCUGGAGCUCCAGUGAGUUUGAGAGUUAUGAUGAGCAGUCGGACACCGAGACCAAGCCACGGACACGCAGCAAGAUUUCUCCCGAUGUACGGCGCAUAAAGGAGCAUUGUGCCCGGACCAAACGUGAACUGGCCAUGCGGUUAGGGGCUCGAGACGUCAGCCAGAUCAAACAGGCCUAUGACAUCAAGGUUCAACAGCUCAUGAAAGCCGCCCGGAAUGGCACUAAAGAUGGACUGGAAAAGACUAAAAUAGCCAUGAUGCGCAAAGUGUCCUUCCUGAAUAAAAAAGAAAACACAGAUGACACAGAAGAUGACUCUGGUUACCUAGAUGUGACAGUUUCUGAAGUGAAACACCCACCACCUCAACUUUCUCCCAUGCCAGAAGGUCUCACUAGCCAACAGACUGUAAGACGUCACAUUCUUGGCUCUAUUAUCCAGAGUGAGAUAAGCUACUUGGAUUCCCUCAGAAGGAUUCUGCAAGAUUACCAAAAGCCUUUACUGGAGGCAGAGCCACGCAUCCUAAGUUCUAGAAAGAUCCAGCCCAUUUUCUACCGGGUGAAAGAGAUCUUGCAGUGCCAUGCCAUGUUCCAGAUCGCCCUGGCCUCCCGUGUGGCCGAAUGGGACCAGAUAGAGACCAUUGGGGAUCUGUUUGUAGCCUCUUUUUCAAAAUCAAUGGUUCUGGAUGUAUACAGCGAUUAUGUCAACAACUUCACAAAUGCAAUGGCUCUCAUCAAAAAAGCCUGCAUGUCCAAGCCUGCUUUUCUGGAAUUUCUUAAAAAAAGGCAGGCUGUCAGCACAGACAGGAUCACCCUUUAUGGCCUGAUGGUGAAGCCAAUCCAACGUUUCCCUCAGUUUAUACUCCUUUUACAGGACAUGCUGAAGAACACGCCGUCUGGGCACCAGGAUAGGCUGCCACUGCAGCUGGCUCUGACUGAGCUGGAGACCUUAGCCGAGAAGCUGAAUGAGCAGAAGCGUCUAGCAGAACAGCUCUCUGAGAUCCAGCAACUAACACGCAGCAACAGUGAUCGUGCCCUCAGCAAGCAGCUGAACUCAGAUCAGAAGCAGCUGAUUCUGUGUGAAACCCUGAUCGAGACAGUGUAUGGGGACAAGGGGCAGGUUCUCAAGUCCAAGGAGCGCAAGGUGUUCCUCCUCAACGACAUACUCAUCUGUGCAAACAUCAAUCUCAAAUUCAUUGAAAGGGGCAUUGAUUACUUCAUUAAUGAAACAAGGGGGCUUCCGGAUAUCAGCAGCCUGGUUCCUGCUGGCCCAAAGUACAUGGUGAAGUGGACAGCUCCUCUGCAGCAGGUUCAGGUGGUGGAGGUGGGUCAGGAGAACUCACAGAACCACGACAGUGUUUACCAGUCGAGUGGAUCCAAACGUCUCAGCUCUGCCAACUCACAAGGCAAGCUGUUUCUGGGGCCACCCAAACUGUACCAGGAACUGCAGGAGCUCCAGCAUGACCUCUCAGUAGUGGAAGAGGUCACACUCCUAGUGGGUACUCUGCAGGGGUCCUAUCAGAAUCUUAACACAACAGUGGGGCAGGACUGGUGCCUGGCUCUGCAGAGGCUCAUCCGCAUCAAAGAGGGUGAGAUCCAGUGUGCCAACAAGUGUCGUUUGCGGCUAAUGGUGCCCGGCAAGCCUGACAAGUCUGGGCGUCCAGUCAGUUUCACAGUGGUUUUCAAUACUCCCAGCCCAAUCAGUAAAAUCUCAUGGGUCAAUCGCUUGCAUCUUGCUAAAGUCGCUCAAAGGGAAGAGAACAUGCCUGGUUGGGUGUGUGCAGAGGAUGAUGAGAAGACUAAGCCACCAUUCUGGUGUCCACUCCUGGCUUGUCGUGUGCCUGUGUUCUCUCCAAAAGCUCAAGAUCUGAAGCUCCAGACGGCCCUUCACAAUCCAGUCCAAUGUGCUCUGCUGGGUUUCUCCGCAGCCAGUACCUCUCUGCCUCAGGGCUAUCUUUGGGUGGCCAGUGGUGGAGAUGAAUCAUAUGGACAGGUGGAGAUCUUCUCCCUGAAUAGACCCACUCCACGCUCAGUGAAGAGUUUCCUUCUGGCCUCCCCUGCCCUGAGCAUCGAAUAUGUAAUGGAGGCCAGCGCUGAAGAAAAUGAAGGACAAGCAUCUGAAGGAACUGCCAGAAUUGGGAACACCAUCUGUGUGGGGUUACAAGAUGGCAAUAUCCUAGUUUAUGGCAGUGUGGAUACUGCUGCCCAGUGCCUCCUGACCUUCCAAAACCCAGAAGGUUGUCCUGUUCUGAGCCUAACACACACAGACAACUUCCUCUUUGCUGGACUGACUAAUGGCAAAGUUGCAGUUUAUAGCAGAAAGACUGAGGAAGCUCUGUGGGAUCCAGACUCCGGCAGACUGCUUGUGAUCGGAUAUGCGCCUGUGCUCAAACUCCUCAAUAUAGAUGAAUGUGUGUGGGCUAGUUGUGCAAACCAAGUAGCUGUGAUUGACGGCUAUAAUCUCACCACAAAGAGCUUCGACGCACACCCAGACCCCAUGGUGAGUGUGACACACAUGGUGCGAGCUGGUGGAGGAGUGUGGAUGGCGUUCUCAGAGGGCUCGUCACUUCGGCUCUUCCACACCGAAACUCUGGAGCACCUGCAGGAGAUCAACAUCUCAACACGCUCUGCAUAUCUGAGUCCAGGUCAGACUGUGUGUGUCACUAGCCUGCUCAUCUGCCAGGGUCUCCUGUGGGUGGGCACGGCCCAGGGUAUGAUCAUCACCCUGCCAGUGCCUAAGCUGGAGGGCAUCCCGAAAAUAACAGGCAAAGCGAUGACCUCGCUCAACGCUCACAGCGGCCCUGUGGACAUCCUUGUGGCCACGUCCAGUACUUUGUCCCCUGACCUGUUGAAGCGGGACUCUCUGGCUGAUGGGACUGAUUCAGGUAGUGGAGGAGAAGACCUGAGCCACUCAUCUCAGGAAUCACUACAACAGCAGCAGAUAGAAGGUUUGUCUCAGAAAGAAGCCAAACCCAAAGGGGUGCUGCUUCAAUACCACCUCCGCUCCACCUCCCAGCUCCCUGGCAAGCUUCUGACCGCUCAGCCUGAAGAGGUAUCCAAUUCCUCCCAGGAGUCUCUGGAGCACACUACGGAGGAUGGUUCUAUCUAUGAGCUGAGUGAUGACCCCGAGGUUUGGGUCAGGGGACCAGGACCUUCCACAAAAGAUGGAACACGGAGAGAAAGGGUCAUGUCAUUCGCCGUUAUAUCAGGAGGAAGAGGAUUCCGCAGACUCAAUGCGGCUGGCUCCUCCUCUUCUACUUCCUCUGGAGCCAAUGAGACUACACUUAUGGUCUGGCAGCUCCCACUGACGGUCUGAAACAAUGACCAAAAGACGCUUCAGCAAGACAGGCUAUCGGAGAGAGGCAAAUAGACCAAAGGACAAUAGUCCACUUCAUCAUCUAGCUUCAACAUCUACACCGUUAUAGCGCACAUCUUAAAUAUAUAGAUUUUUCAGCAACAUCAAAAAAGAAACACAUUUCAAAAUGUCAAAAUGACUACAUGUAAUUAUAUGCCCAAGCUGCAUGUUGUUGUUCUAGAUGGAAAGCAGAAGUCGUUGUGAAUAUAUUUAAAAGAGUUGUGACUCAUCUAAUCUUUACGCAUAAUGAAAAAGUGUAUUUUCUGAAUGUAGUCCUGCAAUGGACGUAUCCAGAAGCUAUACAGAGAAUGAAGUAAAUGUCAACAUCUUCGAGUUGUUCUAUUUCAAUUGCUAUUUUUUCACCCCCAUUUGUCCAGAAUGUGAAUGAGCGCAAAGGAUUUUUCACUUGGUUUAGGUACUAAAUAUUGGUGGUACUUAUUUCACACUGUGUCACUUUGUUUAAAAAAGAAGAAAUAAAUGUGUUUAUGAUAAUUUAAAAA